GUGCUGAUUCCCAUCUCCCUCUUCGUGUCCAUUGAGAUCGUGAAGGUGUGCCAGGUGUUCUUCAUCCACCAGGACUCUGAGCUGUACGACGAGGAGACGGACUCUCGGCUGCAGUGCCGAGCUCUGAACAUCACCGAGGAUCUGGGUCAGAUGCAGUACAUCUUCUCCGACAAGACCGGCACGCUGACCGAGAACAAGAUGGUGUUCCGCCGCUGCACCGUGGCGGGGGUGGAGUACUCUCAUGAUGCAAAUGCCAGAAGACUUGCGAUGUACCAGGAGAUGGACUCGGAGGAGGAGGAGUGUCCGUCUCACGGCGGCACUCUGCCCAGACGGGACAGCGUGAGCAGCCACCAGAGCCGCGUGGUGCUGCGCUCCCACAGCACCAAGUCCCACCGCAGGACGGGCAGCCGGGCCGAGGCCAAGCGGGCCAGCAUCCUGUCCAAGCACACGGCCUUCAGCAGCCCGAUGGAGAAAGACGUCACCCCCGACCCUCAGCUGCUGGACAAAGUCAAUGAGUGCAGCAGUCAGAUGGACUUCAUGCGGUUCCACAGCCAGCCCGUCUCCCAGCUGCCCUCUGACCUCGCCGACGUCAUGGACUUCUUCAUCGCUCUCACCGUCUGCAACACGGUGGUGGUGUCCUCCCCCAACCAGCCGCGGCACAAGGUCCGGAUGAGGUUUGAGCUGAAGUCUCCGGUCAAGACCAUCGAGGACUUCAUCAAGCGCUUCACACCGAGCCGGCUGACCUCGGGCUCCAACAGCAGCAGCUCCUCCAGCCUCGUCACCAACCGCUCGUCCUCCAACAAGGGCGGCUCCAGCCUGCUGUCGUCGCCCUCCGCCGAGAGCACCCUGACCAAGCUGCAGGAGGAGCAGCAGACCCCCCCGCCCCGCUACGACGGGAAGCCGCGGAGCCCGGAGGACGGCGAGCUGCGCUACGAGGCCGAGUCCCCUGACGAGGCGGCGCUGGUCUACGCCGCCCGCGCCUACAAGUGCUCGCUCGUGGGACGCCUCCCGGACCAGGUGACCGUGGAGCUGCCGCACCUGGGCAAGUUGAGCUUCGAGCUGCUGCACACGCUGGGCUUCGACUCCACCAGGAAGCGCAUGUCUGUGGUGGUUCGACACCCUCUGACGGACCAGAUCACGGUCUACACUAAAGGAGCGGACUCCGUCAUCAUGGACCUCAUCAAACCCCCCGACACAGGUAGGAAGCUCUCGUUCAUACGGUCGCUUUGGGCCUCGGAGCCAUUGAUUCCAGGUAGGAGCUGAUGCUAUGUUCAAUGUCCCUCGGACAUCGGGAAUCACGGCACACCAGAGUUCAACAGAUCAGAAAACUUAAUGGGGUUUGCUCCAGCCACGUUAGAUAUUACUGACAAUACCAGUUGAUACCAACACAUCAACAAACACCAUAGCAGCAUGUUCAUGUUUCCUUCUUUAGUCAGCAUAUCACCUACAGACCGUAUAGAAGUCUAUAUCUACAGUAUACUGUCACCGUGACGUUUUGAAGCCUUGAGUUCAGCAUUUAGUCUGUCG